AUGCCCACAUUAAGAUCCACCACCCAGCCGUAUUUCCCCCUUGUCAAAGAUAUUUACAAAGUUGUCCCGCUGCCCUGGACACAGGAGGUCCCUUUGCCGGCAGAUCAAUCGACUCACCCAAACUCGCUCUGGUUGGUUCGUAAGGCCGGUGGCGCCAUGCCUGUGUUCCCUCACCAUCCCCACCACUUCACCAUCCCGGGAAAUACACGUGCAAUUGCGGACAUCUUUGUCGAGGCCAUGCAGGCUACAGUGUACUGGGCCGUUCACAAGACCAAGACCAACUCGCCAGCUCCUUGCCUUGCCAACGCUCCAAACAGAGGCGGCCGCCCCCAACAACACCAUUUCAAGCUGGAGUUCAAAUGCCCCCAGAAUGGAACACAUAUUUACAAAUAUCUGGUUGUCAAGGCAGGAUGCGUUCCCGAAGCGCCGCCGAUGGACAUCGAAGCGUUACUCAACAGCUUGUCCAAAGACGGCGCCAUAACCGAGCUCGACCCCGCACCAGCCUUUGUUCCGGUUGGCUUGGGCGGCCCAAACCCAUCCAACCAACCCUUGCGGCCACUAUCACUCUGUCCAGCUGACGUCUUGUACGACGGAGACUCGGACAUCGAGGUGAUUUCGUCCAAUGGAUCUGGUUCCACACCAGUCGAACCGCCCGCGUUGGAGAACCAAUCAGUUGGAAUUCAGCCACUAGCGAACAGAAGGACAAGCCUUGCCCCGCCCACAGCCCAAGACAACAGUAUGACCUCCAAGGAGCACUCACAGAGGAUCCAAAGUCUUCAGAGCUCGGGCCUGAGAGCCCUGAAGAGGGUCAACAAGGCGAUGCGGGCACCAAAGAACUGCAAACUUUUCGCGGCGGCGGCCACAAUCGACAUCAUGGUGAGGUUCCAGGAGGGCGCGCUGGAAUUACUCAACAUGGUUCAGGAGGCCACCGGUUCAAGCAGCAGACAGAUCCGCUAA